AUGACAAUAAAUCGUCGUCAAGAACUGCUAGCUUUUUAUCAAGAUGUUGAUCAAAAUUCUAUUGAUUCACUAAGAAAUCAAUGCUAUCAGCUUGGUUUAUCAACUGUUGGAGGAAGAAUUGAGCUUACCAAGCGCCUAAUUAAUUACAAUUUAGGCGCUGAUAUGUUAAGAGAUGAUAAAAUUAUCAACCGUGAAAGCUUGAAAAGUGAUUUUGUGACUAGAGAAGAGUUUGAAUCGUUGCAAAAAUCUGUUCAUGAUCAAGCUAGAACUAUCGAAACAAUAUUGGAUACUUAUUACAAGGUGUGCUCAUCGAACAGAGACAAUUUAUCCUCAGCAAGUACAGCAAACAGAAGCUCUGUUACUAAGUCAUAUGAAGAAAACGGAGAAAGUGUAACCAAAGAAUUAUUAGUGUCACUUUUAAUCAUAGGGGGAUGCUUUGUACUUUGCCUGUGUCUUUUCCUCUUUUUGAGUGUUUGCCUGGUUGAAAUCUCUUGCAUAAUGGGUCCACCACUGAUGAAGUGCUUACACGAGUGGUUGAAACGGUAUGCUGAGUGGUUACUCAAUGUAGUAUUUGGAUCAAGUUUUGUGAUACCAAGAGCUUAG